GAGAGAAUAUACGAAAGCCCAUCAUGGAAGCAAAUGUCCCAUCCCACGUCAUCAAGGCUCUGGAACAGCGCUCCGACGACGACACUGAUCUUGUCUUUUUCAAAGACGAGAAAUCCGACUACAACCCCAUGGGCAACGACAUUAGAAUCGGACCCGGCAAGUGCAUCUCUUAUGCAUGGCCGAUAACCCCCGUAGAGCACCAAGAACUGGUUGGCUACCUCGGCGAGGAGUAUGGCAGAGAAAUGAUCUCGAAAACGUACAACACCGCACCACAGGAGACGUGCAAACAUUGUGGCACGCCCAGCACUUUUUCCGACAUUGUCAGCAAGGCGUUGGGAGAUAACGUCCACAACUCUUCCUUCAUGCUCAACGCCAUCAAAAGAAGGACGCACGGGGAUGGCCAAAACCAUGUCAUCAACUGCAAAUCAUGCGGGAAGCAAUACGAGAAGGAAAAGUUUUGGCCCCCAUCAUGGUUGUAAAUAGCGUUAACAAACUCCCCGGUUACUCGGUCAAGUCUUCUUACCAGUUUGAAGUUUUCAUUCACUAUCUUUUGAUUUCAGAUCAGUUGGUCAAGUCUAGCGAUAAUCAAACUCAAAGCUCAUCCGGUCAUUUCUGUAUCGCGUAAUCCAAGUCCUCCUCCAAGCAGUCCAGAAAGCUCGGUGCCACAGCCUUGU